GGAUGCAAACACAAAGUUAUACCCUGGAUGUAAAGCAUUUUCUAAGUUGUCAUUUCUCAUCACCUUGUAUCACAUGAAAUGCUUACAUGGAUGGUCACAAGAAUCAUUUACAAUGCUACUUGGUGUUUUGUCUGAUGCACUUCCACAGGCACAACUACCAAAGAAGUACUAUGAGGUACAAAAAAUCAUCCGUGACUUAGGCCUUGACUACGAGAAAAUUCAUGCAUGCCCCAAUGAUUGCAUGCUUUUCCGAGGUGAACGAGCUGAUCAAGAGUCUUGCCAUGUGUGUGGCAGCUCGCGUUGGGUUACAAAUGAGAAGAAAGACUCCCAAGCUGAAUCUGUAUCUAAGCAGAAGAAGAAACUAGCCAAGGUGUUGCGUUACUUUCCUUUGAUACCGAGGAUUCAAAGGCUCUUUGCAACAAGAAAAACAUCAGAUGACAUGUGUUGGCACGAUGAGGGUCGUACUAAAGAUGGAAAGAUACGGCAUCCAGCUAAUGGCGAGUGUUGGAAAGAUCUUGAUGCUAGAUACCCCAGUUUUGUUGUUGAUCCUCGUAAUCCGCGCCUUGGCAUUUUGAGUGAUGGAUUUAACCCUUUUCGGAGUAUGAGUUCAAAACAUAGUACUUGGCCAGUGAUGCUUAUCCCGUACAACCUACCGCCUUGGAUUUGCAUGAAAGAAACAUCUCUAAUUUUAUCGAUGAUCAUUCCUGGACCAGCUUCCCCUGGGAAUGACAUUGAUAUAUAUUUGCAGCCACUGAUUGAUGAGCUCUUACAGUUAUGGGAUGGUGUAGACACAUUUGACGCUUCCUCGUAGGAGAUAUUUCCACUCAAGGCUGCACAGUUAUGGACUUUAAAUGAUUUUCCAGCAUUAGCUUACCUGUAUGGUUGGAGCACAAGUGGUAAAUAUGGGUGUCCAUCAUGUGGUCCUUCUACAAGAUCAUUUCACCUGGAUAAGAGUAUGAAACUUUGUUAUAUGGGUCAUCGUCGUUGGUUACCACAGGGUCAUGUAUUUCGAAACCGAAGAAGGCAGGAAUUUGAUGGCACUAAAGAGACAGAAUUGGCACCGACAACUAUGAGUGGUAGUUCAGCUUUGAAAAUGUUGCAAGGCAGAGUGUUUGUGUUAGGCAAAAAAGGCAAUGUAGCAAAGAAAGCAAAGGGUGGAAAGAAGGUCAAAAACAGUGAAAAAGAAAAUGAAAAGAAUCAAGAACCGAAGCAUAAAAGGAAGGAAGGCAACAAGAAGUCAAUUAAGAACCAAGGUAAGCCUGAGAAGAAGCCUGAGGAUUGGUUCAAAAAAUCAAUAUUUUUCAACUUGCCAUAUUGGGAACUUAACAAGUUAAGGCACAAUCUCGAUGUAAUGCACAUAGAAAAGAAUGUGUUUGAUAAUUUAAUUGGAACAUUGUUGGAUAUUGAUUCUAAAACAAAGGAUGGCCUUAAUGCAUGGCUUGAUUUGGCAGAAAUUGGUGAAAAUGGAAUUCGACAUAAUCUUCAUCCUGCUAUAGAUGAUAAUGGAAAAGUAGUAUUGCCUGAUGCACCAUUGACUAUGUCUCCAAAAAAGCAAGAAAUACUUUGUUCAGUGAUGCACAAUAUUAGGACCUCCGAUGGAUAUGCAUCAAAUUUUUCUAGGCAUGUCAACAUGAAAGAUUGUACAAUCUCAGGUCUCAAAAGUCAUGAUUGUCAUGUUAUUCUGGAAGAUAUUCUUCCUCUAGCACUUCGAUCCUGUUACCCACACAAAGAGGUCAUGGAAAUAGUUAUCGGGCUGUCUAAUUUCUUCAAGAAACUAUGCUCGAAAGUGUUAUAUGUCUCUGAGCUUGACGAACUUCAAGAGAGUAUUGUGAUGACACUUUGCAAUAUGGAGAGAAUUUUUCUUCCAUCAUUCUUUACUAUCAUGGUGCAUCUAAUGGUGCACUUGGUUGAAGAAGUUACACUUGGUGGUCCAGUGCACUAUCGGUGGAUGUACCCCCUAGAGAGAUCAUUUGUUCGGCUGAAAGCACUUGUGCGCAAUAGAGCAUUUCCUGAAGGUUCAAUUGCUGAAGGGUAUCUUGCCCAAGAAUGCUUGACCUUUUGUUCAAGAUUUCUAGAAGGAACUACACGUUUUACAAGACCAUCAAGAAACCCUGAUCCUUCAGACAAGAUAACCGCUGCAGAUUCUGUCAUGACCUCAAGAGACAUCAAUGUACUGGGUAGCCGCCUUCCUAAUUGCAUCUUCCAUCUCGCUGGUACAGGAAGUAACAUAGUGCACUGAUUUAGCUGUGCUAACUCGGUCAUCGGGGCUUUGUAAUGUUUUACUAAGGCUUGACCCUUUGUUUAUUUCUAAUCUUGCUUGUAAAGAUUGUAUACUGACCUCAUGUUUUGCAAACUGAAAAUCUGAAGCAUCUCGUUGUAGAUUGUGUCAUGAGCUCAAGAGACAUCAAGGUGAUGUGUAGCCAUUUGCCUAAUUGAAUGUUCCAGCUCUCUGUAACAGUAUUAACGAUGGCGAGGAUACCAAGACGACUUUAGGACUUGAACCUUACAAUGCAUGAUGCAAAACAUGUGCAGCUUGCUGAAGAAAAUCUGCAAGGUCCUCCAAAGAUUGAUAAUAUAGUACCAGGAAGGUCUCAUGAAUCCACUAGCCAAAUCAAGAUAAUUUGGCCAAAUGGAGAGACGCGGCAGAUUGUAGGGGAAUUUCGGCUGAAGAAUUUAUCCCAGGUACAUGGUGGAAAGAUAAUUGUGGAGACUAACGAAAAAGGUGUUCCGAAUGAAAGGUCUGGUUCCAUUCUUAGUAGCUAUCUUAGCGACGUUGCAGAGAACUCCACAUUUGCACCACUGAACAUUCCAAGACGGGACAAUGAAUUAUUUGUCCAGAGAAAGAACAACAUGAUCAAGGAUGUAGAGGAGAAAUUUGUCUAUCCAUCUGAGACAAAGCAGCUUACACGAGACUGGGUCCUAAUGACUGUUUGCAAAAGAUGGAGAGCCUACAAAUCUCGCUUGAAGAAAAAAUAUUUCAAACGGAAAGAGAGAUCUCUCCAGGAAAUUAUUAGUGAUGUUCCAAUAGGUGUUAAUAAGCAUCAACGGGAGAUUCUAGUUGGAAUGUGGUGCCAGGAUUCACACAUGAAGUUAUGCGAGAAAAACUCAGAGUGUGCAAAGCAACAGAAGAAUCCACACACAACCGGGAGAAAAAGCCAUGUCAGGCUACAAAAAGAGAUGGAAAUCAAAAGGAAAGCACCGGUCCACAAGAUUGACCUAUGAGAUGAAGCUCAUAAGAAAAAAGAUGGCAAUUACACAAGCGACAAUGUGAAGACAAUAAUGGAUGCAGCUAAUGAGGAGUUAAAAAAAAGGAAAAUCGAUCAUAAUGGUAGCCUUUCCAUUGACGAUUAUACUGAAGCCUUUAAAGGUGCACUUGAUAAAAGGGCAAAACUUUGAGGUUACUAUGAUGAAAAGUAUUGGAGCGGAGUAAAUGUUUCUCAGGGAAUAACUUUUGUUGGGAAAUCUGACCAAGAAAAUCUUCAGUUUGAAGUACGCAUGGUGAAAGAUAAUGUAGAAGAUGUCAAAGAUGAUGUAGAGGAUGUCAAAGGUGAUGUAAAGGAAGUCAAAGGUGAUGUAGGGGAUGUCAGAGGUCAGAUGGCUAUGAUUGCUGCAUUCCUUGCCAAAAAGUUUCCUGGAGAGAUUUGCAGAAAUGAAGUGGAUUCUCCUACAGAAAAUCAUCAAGUCACUCCACAUGACAGAGAUAACAAUCUCCAAUCUGAAUCUUAUAAUGUUCUUGAACAAUCAAAUAAUGAUGUGUAGGAGCCACAAACUACCAUGCAUGAGUUGCAGCAAACCAAAUCAAAAGAGGGUUGUGGCAAUGUGCAUUUACCACAUGAACAUGUGAUCACUAAGAAUGUCCAUGUUGAAAAUAAUCUUGCAGUGCGGCAAGGUGGCCCUGAACCAAGUUUACGACUUCACCAAGUCACUAACCAGGUUCAUCAAUAGCAAAUGUUCCAUUUCUUGAAAAAUAGGAUAAAGUUGAAGUCAUGUUGUAUUCGACGAACUUGAGAAACAAAGACAAACUUGUGGCCAAAGGAACUUUAGAGAGUAAAGAGAAAACAUAUGUGGUUGGAGGAAACAUGCUUGGAGUGCAAUACGUUGCGGUUCGUGUUCGCCGCUGUACAUAUCUAGGAGAUGAGAAACUAGUUAGACCAUAUGAAAAAUUCCAAACUGUAAGGGAUGCUAUGGGUUCUGUUAUUGCUUGGCCUCGCUCACAUGUAAAAAUAGUUCAGCCAACCCCUCCAGCACAAUCACAGAGCAUUGGGCGGUGAGGAUUUGAAAAGUGAGUGCAUUAAAGGAGCUAGGAGUGGCUGGGGAGCACUUGAAAAGGGAGUGCACUAGAGGAGUCGGGAGUAGUUGAUGAAUCAAUCUUUAAAUGAACAAAUAUUCUAGAUUAUGUAUAGAAUUUAGCUUCAUAGACAAAAAUAGUUCCAGUCUGUAGGAUCUUUUCUUAUUUAUUUGCAUCAUCGCAUGUUUCAUAUGAAUGUUACAUAUUAUUCAGCUGUGAACUCAAGUACUUUCAGUGGAGACAUUGUUCCUGCUAAUUAAUGCAUUGGAUGUUGUUA